GGCAAGUAUGCUCAAGCAUUUCAGUUAAAAAAACGGCAAGGUUUUGCGAGUAUGAAGCAAUCUCACCCAAUCGAUGAAUAAUCAAGCAUCAGUAAGGACGUAACUUGUGGUACCAGAAACACGGCAGCGGUGAGUGACAAGAUGGACAUGCUCCUGAUUGUUUCAAUAUUGGUGGUGCUAGUAUAUAGCACAGAGCAAGUUAACAUCACUAUUGGACUGUUUCAUAACGACAUCAUCCCAGAUUUGUUUUUAAACAGAACACUGCAGCAAACAAUCAGCCAAUACAAUGUAAAAUUUGACGUCAGAAAAUUUAACACUUCAAGCAUGACAAGCAAAUCCAUUGAAAUCUUAAACAUAAAUGGUUUCGAAAGGAUGUCUUUCAUCAUUGAUACUGCAGUAAGAUCAAAGGUACCAAAAGGGGCAGCAAGGAUUCUUCAUGUCCCAUUAAUAGAGACUGGUUCACUGCUUCAUUUUAAAACCAUCCCCAACAGAGACGACUCUGGCAAUCGAAAUGAGCUUUCCAUGAUCCCAGAUGCUCACUAUCGAAGCACAGUGGCUGCUAAAUUUCUACAUAUGCUAUCAUGGACACACGUUGUCGUCGUCUUUCAGGUGAAACGUAUAAACGACUUGGACCAUUUCAUUCGGUCUUUUGACAAAGGAACCGUGCUGGCAAUUCUUCCUGUUGAAGAAAAUCUGAAUGGCUCUAUCACUCAUCAUUCAGUCGCUAGAAUCAAAUCACUGGCAACAGGCAAUUUCAGUGCAGUUCUUCUGAUCUACGAUGAAGCUGGCCUUCCGGAGCUUUUUCAAUUGAUUCGUUCGGAUGAUGUUGAUCUUUGCUCAGUGAGGAUAAACAUUCUGUUGCUAGAUCUGAUCUUUAGAGACAAACUGAAUGUCUGCAACCUGCACACUGUUGUUGGCCUUCAAGUUCAGAUGAAUGGAAGCUCCGAGGGAAGUACCCAUCGAUCACAUCUAGAGGUUCUUGGUGCCGAUCCAACUCUUGGAAAUCUGCUUCUUUACGAUGCUUUGAACUUGGUUGCAAAUAUCACAAGCAAUCUUGCCAGCUCAGAUCGUUGGUUGUCUCUUAGCAGAGAUGAGAAAGGCAUUAUCCAAUCCAUUCGAAUUGCGAACACUGCCAAUUUUACUGCAGCAUUGCAGCAGGGAAAGUUUGACGGUGCAAGUGGUAAUAUAGAGUUCAAUGCAAAUAGAACACGUGUGAACAUGCCACUUAAUCUAGUCAAUGUUAAGAAGAACAACCUAGUAAAGAUAGGCACUGCAACAGAAAACACGGAUAUCGAACUAGUGAAAAACCCAAGAAUGAACAUUGAAUACCACUUAGAUAGCAUUCUUAUCAAUGAUCAUAUAAAAGUGGUCACUGCUGAGACAGAGCCUUUCACAUUUGUAACCAAGAACCCGAACGGCACGGUUAGUUACAGUGGUCUCUGCAUAGACAUUCUGAACAAAUUGGCACAGAUGAUGAAUUUCACUUAUUCUAUCUACUUAGUAGAGGACGGUGAAUACGGUAGGAAAGACGGUGACAAGUGGACUGGCAUGAUAGGUGACGUACUUUACAAGGCAAGUAGUUUCAUCAAUUUCUUCAUUAUUGCGUAA